CAUAUAGCGGCGCCAUUUUAAGCACGUUCUUAUUCCUUGUGCACUCGGCAGCAGGUUCUGUUCUUUACUUCGAGGAGUUUCUAAAAGAUGUCUGACGAAGGGAAACUCUUUAUUGGUGGACUCAGCUAUGAGACCACGGAGCAUUCUCUGGAAGAGGCGUUUUCCAAAUAUGGCACCAUUGCCAAAGUCGAUGUCAUCAGGGAUCGUGAGACUGACCGAUCAAGAGGCUUUGGAUUUGUUACAUUUGAAAAUCCAGAUGAUGCAAAGGAUGCAAUGGCUGCAAUGAAUGGAAAGACUGUUGAUGGCAGAACAAUUCGUGUGGAUGAAGCUGGGAAGUCUGGUGGAAGAUCUGGUUUCAGAGGUUCUGGUGGCAGGGGAUUUUUCAGAGGUGGCAGAGGAAGAGGGGGUGGUGGAUAUGGAGGUGACAGAAGUUAUGGUGGUGAGAGAAGUUAUGGCCGUGGCAGUGGUGGUUAUGGUGGUGACCGUGGUUACGGAGGCAGAGAUAGGAGCUAUGGUGGCGGUGAAAGGAGCUAUGGUGGUGGCGGCGGUUACUCCAACAGGAGUGGAGGCUACUCAGGUGGUGGAGGAGGAUACAGAGACAACAGGAGCCAGGGUGGUUAUGAACGUUCUUCUUUUGGCUCUUACAGAGACAGCUAUGACAGCUAUGCUACACACGAGUAAAAAAGUCCUGAUUCCAAGAUCAUCCCUUCGCUGGCUGUGUUAGAUGUGCUCUUCGAAGACCUUGAUUUUUCACUUUGUUUAAUUUCAGUUUUACUAGUUGUAAUACUCUCCUACAUAAAAUAAGAUGCUAUCAGUUUUUUAAACAAUUAUUUUUCGUGUUCAAGCUGUCCUGAGAUGGUGUCAUUAUUUUGGGCAUUUGCUGUAAACAUUUGAGCCCGUUUUUAGAUUGCUUGUACCUUCAGUUACCUCUUGUUUCUCUAUUGAAGUUUGUUUUUUUUGAACCAUGCGUGAGUUCUCUAACCAGUUCAGCACAGCCUGAUAGCUUCUAAAACCGAUUUGAAGUGAAACUUUGGACCAACAUGCAGUAAUCACUAGAUUGCUCUGAAAGACAGUUGCUAUAGAAGAAGCAGAGUCUUACUUUGAAUUGCCUGCUUCUAAAAAUUGAUCAGAUUUUCAAAAGAAGCUCGCCACGCUGUGAUGUGCUUUUAGUGGCUCGAAGUCCUUGUGUAAUGCAUUCCUUUAGUAAAGCAGGGUAGCAUGCUAAUUUUGAGCUCCUGGCUCAAGCAAGCCACCUUGGUGUUGCUAAAGAUUUGUAAAGCAUUCAGUUCCCAAAGAGUGAACUACUCUGAUCAGUGCUGCCUGAGAUUAGAAGUUGAUUGAGCUCAAGGUGGCCCAAGGUACUUUGCUCUUUGUGACUUUUGAAUAAUUUAAAAAAAAAAAGUAAUGGUUGGAGAAGUUUUAUAUCCAUGUCAAGAUUUUGUUCUUUCGGGGAGAGAAAUGUGCUGUUUUGUGUACCAAUACCUAUUUUCCUUUUGUUAAAUUGGCUUCAUGAAGCCCAUUAAACGAAUUUCUGAA